AUGUUGACCAGGGUGGCUUUUCUGCUUCUUCCCUGUGCCUGUAGAAAUAGGCAUUUCUCCCCAAGAUGCCAUUUUCAGCCUGCUUUGGCACCAAAUGAUGAAGUCUUGGUUGAAAUGCUGCAGUCAGAGGGAGGAAGGAGAGCAGAGAUUCCUGCUUUCAAGGGAUACUGUCAGAUUGACCCAUGUUCCAUAUUUUCUAAUUAUGUCUCUCACCCAGCCGUAUUCUCAAUUUAUGUUUCACACCAGACUGAACAGUCCAAUGCCAAAACCAGGAGACUCAGCAGAGUGGAAUAUAGAAACAUUAAAGAGUUCAUCUGGGUGUGCCAUUGUUUUAGAAACCUCUUAUAA